UGCACAACGGUCUAUCAUCAAAGAUGGCGGGAGCCUCCGACCCACUGGAGGACAUGCUCUUCAAUGAGGUAGACGAAAAAGCAGUAAGUGACUUAGUUGGCUCUUUGGAAUCGCAACUUGUCAGCCAAAAGACGCCCGCCACAUUUUCCGAUAUCAAACGAGAAGGAUCUACGGGCACUGUCAGCCAGUUCUCAGGGAAAGUGCGUGAUCAAGUGGGGUCUCUGGAGCCGCCACAACAAGGACACCCAAAAGCGGUGUUAAACGCGGAACCCUGCGCGAAUCAGGCGAUUUCGAAUAAGAGUAUCACCGCUUCUACCUCUUCCAUCACUACUGGGGGCAUUAUAAACGCUGGUACCAAUUUACAAGCACAUGGAGCCGCAUCUCGCAUCAUUUCUCCCGCACCACCAGGAUCGGUAACUUUGCCUGCUCAGACGACUAGCUACAACAGAGGGACUGUUUUGGCUCCAGCUGAAACAUCGGCGGUGACGGCUCCGAACUCAAACCUCACAACAACAACGGCUAUCAGGACUCCUUCACCUGGAUUACAGAGUUUUAACGGUAGCUCCGGAGCUGUGAAGUUGGUCAACUCGCCAGCUGCUGCUCCCCAAAUCGGGUUAGGCGGCAACACUGUUAUAAGUACUGCCAGUGCGGGCAACUCAAAUAUCAUUGUGUCUAUGGCUUCACAGCCUCCUUCUCUACCAAACUAUCCUGUAUCUCAAUCUGCUGUGGCAUUUGUUACUCCCACUGUUGCAUUGCAAAGGCAUCCCAACCCCAUGGCCAGUGCCUCACAGAAUGGAGUAAUAGACCCUAAGGUUUCUGCAGUGGUCACACAGGGUGCAGGUUCUCCGGGGGCCACCACCUCUCAGGUCAUGAACCGCAAUAACACUCUUAUUAACACUACAAUGGUGGCACCCAACCAGCCAGUCUCUGCUGGCCAAUCAAUCAUUCUCGGAGGGUCUCCCUCUCCUGUUGUUGUGAACUCACCCAUAAGCCAGGCACAGAGUGUGGCGAGUCCCACUCUCGCAGCAGGGGUGAAACCAACGGUUAACGGAGUUGGUCAGCCCACUGUGACCAUCGUGAGGCCCCCCGGUGCUCCUGUGAUGGCCACCUCCGUGCAGCAGCAGAGACCUGGGCUGGUAGCGAGUCCCACGAGGACUGUGGCACCACAGAUGGUCGUCAGACCACCACAGCAGACCACCAUUCAGUUACCCCCUGGAUUUACCAUACCUCCCGGUAUGGUGCUGGUGCGUACAGACACAGGCCAGCUGGUAAUGGUUCCUCAGCAGGUUCUAGCCCAGGCUCAGGCUAAGACCCAACAAGGCCAGGCUGCUGUCUCUAACAUCUGCCCCCGGCCUGCCACACCUACCGCUGGGACCACCAUCAGAGUCAGUACUCCCAGCCAGGCCCCUUGUACAACCCAGGCUGUUCGUCUGGCCUCCCCUGUCCAGGCCAGAAUGUUGCAGUCCCCCUCUCCCACCAGCUCUGCUAUACAGAAGGCGAUAACCGUGGCUCCUGCAGGUGCGUCUGUGUCGGUGAAGAUGACCACCCCUCAGAAAGCCCAGACAGUGAUCACAGGGGGUCAAGCCCUGGCCAAGCCUGGAGCUGUACGGCCCUCUAUAACCUUUAACACUGCAGCAGCAGCCAGUGCCUCCACAACCCCUACAAUGGUAACUGCACCAGUCUCCCAGGAAAUGCAAGAAAAUGUGAAGAAGUGCAAGAACUUCCUGUCCACCCUGAUCAAGCUGGCGUCCCACAACUCCCCAUCUCCAGACACAUCCAAGAACGUCAAGGCCCUGGUGCAGGAUCUUCUGGAUGCUAAAAUCGAGCCUGAGGAGUUCACCACACGUCUGCAGGCUGAGCUGAAGUCCUCUCCCCAACCGUACCUCAUCCCCUUCCUCAAGAAAAGCCUUCCUGCCCUGCGGCUGUCCCUGCUCAACAACCAGCAGACUCUGCUGGCCUCCACCAACGCUUCUGCCCUGGCCGCUGCCUCCACUACUACCACCAGCGCUAUCAGGGCCCGGCUCCCCACCACCGUCAGCCCCGCCACAGGCAUUGUCAGGACACCCACCACUUCUCUGGGUGUGAGAAGACCAGGGGUUCAGGGGGUCCAGACUCGCAUGCCGAUGGUCAUCCCUCAGACCAUCCGGCCACAAGGCACAGUUGCAAGAGGACUCACUAUUAUUGCAGGCAGAUCCCCUGUGGGCAUUGGUGCCCAGGCCUCUGCCAAUCAGAAGAAGCUGAAUGAGCCUGGAGGCGGGACGUUCAGGGAUGAUGAUGACAUCAACGACGUGGCGUCCAUGGCGGGGGUGAACCUGAACGAGGAGAACGCCCGCAUCAUGGCCACCAACUCUGAGCUGGUGGGCACCAAGAUCCGCUCCUGUAGGGACGAGGCCUUCCUCCCACCAGGCCUGCUGCACAGACGCAUCAUGGAGACCGCCAAGAGGUUUGGGGUGACAGAGGUCCCAGCUGAGGCAGUGAACUACAUCUCCCAUGCCACCCAGGCCAGGCUGAGAUCCGUGCUAGAGAAAGUGUCAACUAUCGCCCAGCACCGCACUGACGGGGGCAAGGAUGAGGAGUGGUAUGAGCCGUCGACAGACGUCAGGGCCCAGCUCCGCUUCUUUGAGCAGCUGGACAGGAUGGAGAAACAGAGGAAGGACGAGCAGGAGAGGGAGGUCCUAAUCAAGGCUGCCAAGGUAGCGGUUUUUAGCAGAGCACUUGGAAAGGACGCAGAGCUCCGGAGAGGUGCACAAGCACCGCUCCAUGAGCGGUGAGCGGGAUUUCCGACCGCUCAACUCCACUCACAUACUCUGCUGGUGAGUAACGCAGGCCAUGGAAGAACUGGGACACUUUCAGCUUCCAGGAAUUGUGUCCAGAUCCUUAUGACAUGUGGGUCGUACAUUAUCACGCUGAAAACGUGUGAUGGCGGCGGAUGAUUGGUACGACAACGGGCCUCAGGAUCUCGCCACGGUAUCUCUGCAAUCAAAUUGCCAGCGGUAAAAUUGAAACCUGGAUUCGUCUGUUACGAGCACACUUCUCCAAAGUGCAAGUGGCCAUCGACGGUGGGAAUUUACCCAUUUGAAGUCGGUUACAACGCCCAUCUGCAGUAAGGUCAAGACCCUGGUGAGGACGACGAGCACGCAGAUGAGCUUCCCUGGGAUGGUUUGUGCAGAAACUAUUCGGUUGUGCAAACCCACAGUUUCAUCAGCUAUCCAGGUAAAUGGUCUCAGACGAUCCCGCAGGGGAAAAUAACGCAGUCUCAUUAAUAACCGUUCUAAUAGCAAUAGACUUUUGGUAAAAAAGCAAAAAACGUGUUUUAAUUUAGGAAAUCUGUUCCCAAGUAUUGCCACAAAAAAAAAAAAAUGUGAUCGCGUCUGUCUAAUCAUCAAGGUAUGCAAUUAUUAUUUUCAGAUUUUCAGAUUUUCAGAUCUCUUUUUGGCUUAGUUGUGUUCAAUUUGCAGAGUACAAUUUAUUAUAAUUAUUUUGCGCCCCCCGAUUAUUUUCCUGCCUGCUGAAGUUGUACAUUUCCCAGUUUAGAAGAAGUGACUGCUAAAUGCUAACUCCCGAUCUUAUAAGCCAUUUCUGUAUGCAUAGCUAGCACACAGAAAUUGGUGCUUGUAGUCAGUCGUUGUUAACUGUUGAUUGGCGACUAUGGCAUGAACAUAUAUUGGGGUUGACAUCCAUACAAGCAUUUUCUACUCCGAACUCAACAUAGUGUGAAAUGCAAGUCGGAAGUUCACAUACACCUUAGCCAAAUACAUUUAAACUCAGUUUUUCACAAUUCCUGACAUUUAAAUCCCCUGUCUUCGGUCAGUUAGGAUCACCACUUUAUUUUAAGAAUGUGAAAUGUCAGAAUAAUAGUAGAGAGAAUGAUUUAUUUCAGCUUUUAUUUCUUUCAUCACAUUCCCAGUGGGUCAGAAGUUUACAUACACUCAAUUAGUAUUUGGUAGCAUUGCCUUUAAAUGUUUUAACUUGGGUCAAACGUUUCGUGUGGCCUUCCACAAGCUUCCCACAAUAAGUUGGGUGAAGUUUGGCCCAUUCCUCAUGACAGAGCUGGUGUAACUGAGUCAGGUUUGUAGGCCUCCUUGCUCGCACAUACUUUUUCAGUUCUGCCCACGUAUUUUCUAUAGGUAACACAAUAGUAGUAUAGUAACACAAUAUAGCAAUAACCAAGCUAUAUACAUAUAUACUGGGACCGAGUCAAUGUGCAGGGGUACGAGGUAAUUGAGAUAUGCACAUCUAGGUAGUGGUAAAAGUGACUCGGCAAUCAGAAUAGAUAAUAUACAGAAUAGCAGCACUCUGUGUUUGGCGUCAAUAUGCGUGUGUAUUCUAGUAUGUGUGAGUGUGCAUAGAGCCGGUGCAAGAGCCGGUGCAAGUUAAAAAGGGGGGUCAAUGCAAAUAGUCAGAGUAGCAAUUUGAUUAACUCUUCAGCAGUCUUAUGGCUUUGGGGUAAAAGCUGUUCAGUAGCCUUUUGGUCCCAGACUUGGCGCUCCGGUACCGUUUGCCGUGCGGUACCAGAGAGAACAGUCUCUGACUUGGGUGGCUUGAGUCUUUGACAAUUUUCUGCCUUCUUCUAACACCGCCUGGUAUAGAGGAUUUGGAUGGCCGGGAGCUCUGCCCCAGUGAGGUCCUGGGCCGUCCGUUUUUUUUUUCAGGGUGAAGAGGGGUUGUCGUGCCCUCUUCACAACUGUCUUUGUUCUAUUUGGACCAUUUUAUAGGUCCUUAGUAAUGCGGACACCGAGGGACUUGAAGCUAUUCCUCUCAUGACAAGGUAUCCACCUCCCCUGUCUCUCUCUCUCUCUCUCCAUCUGUCUCUCCUUCUAACCCGUGUUUCUC